UCUUAACUCUCAACUCUCACCAGCCAGAUAAAAAACUCUCAGUCUCAACUUGCCAAGGUCCUAAACAGAAAUGAGGGUCCGGCGACUGCAUGGUUCACAGCUGCCGGAGUGUGGAGCUUAUCUCGAGUAGCCUCCACAAAGCCUCUGCAUGCCUGGCCGGGCCCCACACCUGUCUGAUUCAUAUCCGACUCGUGAUUCUCCGCAAUUGACCAAGCGCCGCGAUUUCUCAUAGUUUUGGCCCGUCAGUGCUUCACAGUAAUGGAUUACUCAAACGAUGGAAAUGCUGCAAAACCAGACGAUCAAAGUGCUAUCAUGCCUAAAACUGAGGCUCUUGAUUAUGAUUUGCCAGUUGAGAACAUGAUUCCAAAACCUGUAGGGGACGAUGUUGCUAGUUCAUCGGGAAGCAAUGUGAGGUCGUCCUUGCUUGCAAUGGGUUUUUCACCAUCACUUGUUGACAGAGCAAUUGAAGAAAAUGGUGAUGGCGACGUUGACUUAUUAUUGGAGACUCUUUUUGCAUAUCCGGCUCUUAAUAGAUCAGACUCAUCAGAUUCAUUGGAUAGCUUGUUUGGUGAUGAAAAGGACCCAGUCAGUGCUGCCCAUCGUGGUACUGUGCUACGUAUAAAAGAGGAGCUUGAUACAUGUGAAGUUAGAGAUGAAAAGAAAGAGUCUUUGUUAGCAAUGGAUUUUUCUUUAGAUGAAGUUGAGCUUGCAAUGAGAAAGAUUGCAGGCAAAGACGCUCCUGUCACUGAACUGGUGGACUUCAUACUCGCUGCUCGAAUUGCUGGAUCUUUUGAAAGAGAAGAUGCCAAAGAAAUUGACCAGGAAUGUGUCACUGAGGUAUUGUUUGGGACCAUGGACAAGACACUCAGGUUGAGCGAAAUGGGCUUCUCGGAGAAUGACAUUUCAAAUGCGAUAGAAAAGUAUGGUUCUGAAACCCCUCUUGAAGCGCUUGCAGAAUCAAUUGUAUUUAAUAAGAAUCCUAACAUCUACAUUAAAAGGGAAGAAGAGUAUUUCCCGACACCUCGCUUAAACAGUUUAAGUGCUCGAAGCAGUUGUAGUCCUAUGGGCAGUACAAUGCAUGAUGUGCACUCCACUGGUCAUAUUUUUGACCCACUAGCCGUUAAAAGAGAGGAGCCUAGCCCAGAGGCUCAUUACAAGUCCACACGUACGGAGUUUCUGCAGAAGUUCAAAGGAAAGCGGCCACAAACAGAAUAUAUCAAUAAUAAUAAUAAUAGAACUGAUAAUAAUAAUAAUGAUACAAACAGUUUGAAAAAGCCAAAACAAGAGUAUGAAGAAGGGCUGCUAGAGUGGGAGGAAACUAACUUCCGCCAUUCUCCACUGUUUACUGGAUCUAACACUUCUAAAAGAAGAGUUCCCGAUCAUAAAACAAGAAUAAUGAUGGAAAACAAUAUUGCUGCCACACCAAGAAUGGCAAUGCCUAAUUCGUGCAGGAGCCUUGAUAGCAUGGUGGCUAAACCCCCCUAUUUCUUUUAUGGAACCAUCAUGAACUUAUCUCAUGACACUUGGGUCAAAAUCUCACAGUUUUUGUAUGCGGUUGAACCUGAAUUUGUAAACACUCAAUAUUUCUCAGCCCUCAAUCGUAGGGAAGGAUAUCUGCACAAUCUUCCGACUGUAAAGAGAUCUCACGUUCUUCCAAAACCACCAAUGACCAUUCAGGAAGUGAUGCCCCAAACAUCGAAAUGGUGGCCGUCAUGGGAUACAAGGAAACACAUCAACAACAUCAACACAGAGAUGGACGGGGUCUCCCAAGCCCGUGAAAAGAUCGAAAGGAUUAUAUCCGAUUCCAGAGGGCUUCUUACAGCCGAGAGACAGAGAGACAUCAUUCGUCAGUGUCAGACAUUGAAUCUUGUUUGGGUUGGGAGAAACAGGCUAGCCCCAAUUGAGACUGAGACCAUAGAAAAUAUCCUUGGGUACCCGACAAACCACACCCGAACUGCUGGUUCCACAUUGGCAAACAGGCUCCAGCUGUUGAAAAACAGCUUUCAGACAGAUACAUUGGCAUAUCAUCUCUCCACCUUGAAAUCUUUGUAUCCGGAGGGGUUGAGGAUGCUGUCUAUCUACAGCGGGAUUGGUGGGGCUGAAGUUGCUUUGCAUCGGCUUGGGGUUCAGCUGAAAGUGGUUGUGGCUGUGGAACCUUGUGAGACAAAGCGAGGGAUUCUUAAAGACUGGUGGGAGAGUUCAGGGCAGAGAGGGGAGUUGGUGCAGAUGGAGGAUGUGCAGAAGCUAGCCAGUAAUAGGAUUGAGAUUUUGGUCAAGAAGUAUGGUGGAUUUGAUGUCAUAGUAUGCCAGAAUCCUUGCACAUAUGAUCUGAAAAGCAGUGUGGUUGUCGACUCUGAUAGUGCCGCAGGUUUAGAUUUCUCAAUGUUUUAUGAGUUUGUACGUGUCGUCCAACGAAUAAGGAGUAGGAUGGACAGGAACUGAAAACCGCUUCUUCCAGUAUGUGAAAUGAAAAUGGCAUGUAAUGCUGUACUCAAUAACUUGUAUUGUGUUCUUUAAUUUGUAUUUGUAAUGUAGGUUAUGUCAUAGGGCUGAUUAUUUCAAAUUCUAAUCAGCUGGUGGUAGCAGUUGUAUUGGAUGAACAUUUGUAUGUAAUAAGGUAGAUGGCCUCUGCAGGAGGGUUAGGAAGGAGGUAACAAGCCUUAAUUGAUAAUCCUUCCUUGGUAAUUAUAAUUGUAACUGUAUUUGAAGCCCUAGGGGGCAUAGCUCACUAGCUCAGUAUUCAAAAGGUUUUCCAAAAACUUUUUUCUAAAUCAGCUCCUUAUUGGACUCGGG